AGCGUUCCUCGGCGGGGAUCGGCGCCGCUGGUCGACUGGGCGGAGUGUGCACGCUGCUUGGCUCGGCAGACUGAUCCCGCCGCCCGCCCCCUGGAGCAACGAUGUUGGGCCACAACGUGCCGAAGCCCGCGGCCCGCGAGGCGGGCUCGGCGCUCCUAGAGGACCAGGAGAACAUCAACCCCGAGAAGGCGGUGCACGCCCAGCAGCCGCGGGCCCAGGCUGCUCUGGCAGUACUGAAGGCUGGGAACUCCCGGGGUCCAGUUCCACAACAGAGGCCCAAGACGCGACGGGUUGCACCUCUUAAGGAUCUUCCUAUAAAUGAUGAGCAGGUCUCUGUUCCUCCUUGGAAAGCAAACAGUAAACAGCCUGCAUUCACCAUUCAUGUGGAUGAAGCAGAAGAGGAGCCUCCCAAGAGGCCCACGGAAUCUAAAAAAGACAAGCCUGAAGAUGUCCUGGCUUUUAAUUCAGCCAUCACUUUACCUGGACAAAGAAAACCACUGGUACCUCUUGAUUAUCCAAUGGAUGGUAGUUUCGAGUCACCAUAUACUAUGGACAUGUCAAUUGUAUUAGAAGAUGAAAAGCCAGUGAGUGUUAAUGAAGUCCCAGACUACCAUGAGGAUAUUCACACAUAUCUUAGGGAAAUGGAGGUUAAAUGUAAACCUAAAGUGGGUUACAUGAAGAAACAGCCUGACAUCACUAACAGUAUGAGGGCUAUCCUCGUGGACUGGUUAGUUGAAGUAGGAGAGGAAUAUAAACUACAGAAUGAGACUCUGCAUUUGGCGGUGAACUACAUCGAUAGGUUUCUUUCUUCAAUGUCUGUGUUGAGAGGAAAGCUUCAGCUUGUGGGCACUGCUGCUAUGCUGCUAGCCUCAAAAUUUGAAGAAAUAUACCCACCAGAAGUAGCAGAGUUUGUAUACAUUACAGAUGAUACCUAUACAAAGAAACAAGUUCUGAGAAUGGAGCAUCUAGUUUUGAAAGUCCUUGCUUUUGACUUAGCUGCACCAACGGUAAAUCAGUUUCUUACCCAAUACUUUCUACAUCAGCAGCCUGCAAACUGCAAAGUCGAAAGUUUAGCAAUGUUUUUGGGAGAAUUAAGUUUGAUAGAUGCUGACCCAUACCUAAAGUAUCUGCCAUCAGUUAUUGCUGGAGCAGCAUUUCAUUUAGCACUCUACACAGUCACGGGACAAAGCUGGCCUGAAUCAUUAGUACGAAAGACUGGAUACACUCUGGAGACUCUUAAGCCUUGUCUCAUGGACCUUCACCAGACCUACCUCAAAGCACCACAGCAUGCACAACAAUCAAUAAGAGAAAAGUACAAAAAUUCAAAGUAUCAUGGUGUUUCCCUCCUCAACCCACCAGAGACACUAAAUGUCUAACAGUGAAAGACUGCAUUUGUUUCUAAGAUGUAAAUCACUCAAAGUAUAUUGUGUACAGUUUUUAUCUUGGGUUUUGAAUGUUACAAUCAUUUCUGAAUACAGAAGUUAUGGACAAGAACAAAUUAUGGUAUCUAUUACUUUUUAAAUGGUUUUAAUUUGUAUAUCUUUUGUACAUGUAUCUAUCAUAGAUAUUUGGCUAAUUUUAAGUGGUUUUGUUAAAAGUAUUAAUGAUGCCAGCUGUCAGGAUAUUAAGAAUUAAUAAAUUGAUUUGGAAAAUUUUAUAAGUCAAAUUUAAUUUGAGAUAAAAACCUGACUUCAAGAUUUCUUAGAAAAGUUACCUGGCUUAUACAGUACAGUGGGGAGUGGAAAGCCACUCUCUAAAAAGUUGACUUUAGGAAAACAGACCCUCAAUGUUCUAAUAUCCAUUUUCCUAAGCAACUGGAUCAGUCUGCCGAUUUCUGCACAAUAAAUCUGUGCUUAUUUACCAGUACGAUGAAAAUCAUUCUUCUUUGUACACACACAGCAGCCUAUCAGAUUAUUUUAUUCAUCAUCAAUUUUUACACUUUACACAUACACAGGUUGGUGAAUAAGGCUUUGAGAUGACAAAAUUUUCAGAGAAAAAGCUCUAGAACAUUCACUUUAAUGUUAAAAAAAUAAAACUUAGGGAUUUGUGAAUAAAUGAUACCCAGGUUGUUAGCACUGAAUAAAUACAUCUAAUAGUUAUAUAUACAAAUAUACAACUAUGUUAGCUUUAAUUAGCAGCUCUCUUCUUUUUUCUCUUUUUCAUUGGCUUUUUACUUGGUGCUUUUUCUUGUUUCCCAAUGGUGGUCUGUGUUCUGCGGAUAAAGUAAAAUAAAUUAACAGUUCACUUAAUUAUGCUUAAGUUUUGGAUCACUGAAAUAGGAGGUCUUUUAUUUUUUUGCACUAGGGUACAAAAUGUGACAGCAGGAAAAGUAAAUACAGUAACCCUGAAAGGUAUCCAAAAAUAGUUUAAUAGAGAGUUAGGUGCUAAUUUUUAUUAAUUACAGGGUGAAAAAAAACACAUAAUAGCUGAUGAAAAAGGGAUGUCUGUGUAUAACAGUUCUGUAAGAUGAGAGUCAAACCAGAGAGCAAGCCUCAAACUCUUAAGUUACAUGUACAUGUUUGAAAUAAACCAAAAACUUGUUACCUUAAAAAAAAA